UGCAUGAUUGUUGUAGCAGAACUAGGCAUGUCUCCUCCAUCCCACCACCGCUUCCCCCUCCUCCACCUCAAUCCUCUUCAUACCUUUCUAGCUACUUCUUCUUUCACUAUAAAUAUUGGCACCCAUUCAUCUAAUCUCUUCCUAAUCUUCCCUUCCUUUUUCACUCAAGAAGAAAAAAGAAAAAAAAAAUCAAUAACAAACCUUCUGUUGCUGGUUUUUACUUGCUUGCUUAGUUACUAGAACAUAAACAACAAAGCUAACAACUUCCAACACAUUAAAAAGGUUCGAAGUCAUGGAAAGAUUGAACUCAAAGCUUUACUUGCAAAACUGUUACAUAAUCCAAGAGAAUGAAAGGCUUAGGAAGAAAGCUCAGCUCCUCAACCAAGAAAAUCAAGCACUUUUGACUGAACUCAAACAGAAACUGUCGAAGUCAUCAAACAAGAAAAACAAUUCCAACCCUCUUCCUGAUCUCAAUCUCAGCUCCACUUCUAACACUGCGAAUUCUAGCAAACCAUGAAGAGGAACGGAAAAAGAAGAAGGUUAAGAGAUGAUCAAGGAAAGAAAAGAAAUGGCUUAUUAGUUAUAUACCCCUUUUGCUCUUUUGUGUAGAACCAUGAAAAAAGAAUGUAGUAGCAGUAGUAGAAAACAUAGGUAGUUGUUGCUGAAUAUUAAUAUUAUCAUAGGACAAAUAGUAGUUAUCUCCCUGCUGCACCAUAGUACUACUACUACGGCUACUACUACCUUAUUACAAUCCAUGUCUGUUUUUCUUUUCUUUUUUUCUUCUUUUUGAGGGGAGGGUUUGAACUUUGAAAUGAUCAUGGAGGUUCUGAAAAUAUAAAUAUUUAGAUAUAUGAUGAUGGAAGAUGUUAUCAGAGAUA